AUGAGGAGGUUCUGGUCAGCACUGGUGCUGUUUCUGGGAGGUGGCUGUUGGGCGGAAGAGUCCAUACCAGACAAGGUAGGGGUCCAAGUGCGCCUGACCAAGCAGGAGAAGACUGCCCUCAAGAAACUCGAGUGCAGCAUGUGCAAGGCCGUCAUUAGUGAGAUGCACAUGGAGGUUGCGCGGCAUUCCAUGACCGAACAAGGAGUGGGAUCAGAGGAGCGGAUCUGGGAGACUUCGAAUGCGAUGUGCCUGGCCUUGCUGCAGAAGUAUCGACUCAAUCUGGAUGGAGAGCCUUCACUAGAUGCCAAACAUGAGGACGAUGACGAGAGUGCGAUGGCAGCGGCAGCUGAAGCUGGCAAGCAGGAAAGCUUCAUGAGAUCCAUGCUGGUUUUCAAGAUGGGCUGCCAGCAGUGGUUGGAAGACUACGGUGGCGAUACGUCCGGCUAUGUGUACAAGUCCGUGAAGGAGGGAAAGCAAUCACCAGCAGGAGCUGCUCAAGAAUUCUGCAUUCGCUCCGCGAAGCUCUGUGGCAAAGGGGUGAAGGGAAAGAAGAAGCAAGACAGCGACGACAAGAAAAGGCUGGCACAGCGAGCACAAAUGGCUGAGAAGGAAGAAGCAGUGGAGGAAAAACGCAAGAAGGAAGAUCCAAUGCGGUCGCUUCCGGAAGAUUCAAAGUUCGGCAUCCAGCGAUUGCUCGAGAUGGCUCGCGACGAUCCACUGCACUACCUGGAUGACGCUACGAAGGCGCGAAUUCGGACAGCACGUGCAGAUCUGCGAUGUGAUGUUUGCCGAAGAGUGCUGGAAGAAACGGUGUCAGAAGUCAUUCCAAAGCCCAAGAGCCUGCGAAGCGAAUCUGACAUUCUCUCGAUUCUGGAGGGCAUCUGUGCAGGAGGCCCAGACCUUUCAAUCCCAAACUAUUUUGGCGUGGAACCUCCGCCUCUGCCGCCUGACUGGACAGACCGCUGGCGGCCAAAGCUGGACAAGCAACUGAAUCGCUACGUCCUGAAACCCGCGCCGAAGAAGCGAAGACAAAAGCGAGAGAAAUGGCGAUUGCUCGCCAAGGAUGGCAAACAGCAGCCUCCAGAGUCCGAAGAAUCCGAGGAGGACACGAUGCUGACUUUGACUUGCAAGGAUGUUGUGGAGCCGGAGCGCUUCUCCGAAUCGCUUUUUCACGAGUUGGGUCUGUGCCAGGCCGCCGGCGGCUGUGCAGCAGCUUCAAGGGCGGCAGCGCAGGUGUGCACAGGUGCAGGUGGCCGUCCUUGCGCAGUCGAGGGGGUGGAGGACGUGAUGAACAAACCAGAGCUUUGA